GGAAGUGAGAACAUUACAAAGAUGAAUAUUUCGCGGGAGUUGUAGCUCUGCUCCCCAGUUAGUCUUACUUUACAUUUUUCUACAUCGUGGAAUUGUAACAUACACAUUCAAACAAUCUCCAUAUCCAAUGGAUCCGUCUGAAGUAGAAUUCCUUGCUGAAAAACAAAUGGUUCAGAUCAUACCUAACUUCAGCCUUGACAAAGUUUAUUUGAUUGGGGGCGAUUUGGGUCCCUUCAAUCCUGGUUUGCCAGUCGAAGUCCCCGUGUGGUUGGCUCUCAAUUUCAAGCAGAGACAGAAAUGCAGGAUUGUUCCACCGGAUUGGAUGGAUGUUCAAAAACUCGAGGAGAUCCGUGAUCAGGAAAGGAGAGAGGACACCUUCACACCAAUACCUAGUCCAUACUACAUGGAGCUUACCAAACUCUUACUGAAUCAUGCUGCUGACAACAUCCCUAAAGCUGACGAGAUCCGCACACUGGUGAAGGACAUCUGGGAUACCCGCAUCGCCAAGCUGCGCCUGUCCAUUGACAGCUUCAUCAGUCAGCAGGAAGCCCAUGCCAAGCUUGACAACCUGACCCUGAUGGAGAUCAACACCACCCGUUCCUUCCUUCUGGACUCCCUAAACAGCAUGUACAAGCUGCGCUCCAACACCCAGCCCGGCUCCUCGGCAGAGAAGACUAUGGACUUCUAGACUGACUGGGAUUUUGCAGCACAAAGUCACUUCAAAAGCGCACUUAAAAUAAUAGCAGCAUUGCCAGAUCUAGACCUGACCUGCCUUACUGACUGUGUUUCUUGGUGUGACUGGCUUGUUAAGGGUAGUGCACAGCCAAAGGGACUGCUACUCUUCGUAUGGAGGCUGUACUGCUUAAAGCAUAUCCACACACCGUUUCCUGUUUACCUCGUAGGAUCUUACCUAUCCUCUUUGUCCAAGUCAGUCUUUACCCUCCUGUCCUUUCCUAUAGCCCCCAGCUUUGUGACAUAAGGCUCGAAGCCAUUGAUAAAAAUCUGUCAUUCAACAUCUUGCGAAAACAUAGUUCAGAGGUCAAUCUCUCAUUUGCAGUCAGAAUUUUGAGUGGGAGAAAACUCCCUAAAGAUGGCUCUGCGCUGGUUGACAGAAGGGGAAACUGAUUUGUUUCCUCCACGUAGCUGAGGCGACACUGAGGGCAUAUGCCACAGUAAAGGAUGGGAGGGCGACUGGCCGCCUAUGAAGCUAUGACAACCAUCUGGGCCAAAUGAGGGUGUAGGGCAGGCAGUUCUCCAGCACAUUCACAAGGCUGUAUUACAGCGUGAGCAACAUUUGAAAACACAUCCGGACUGGUUUUUAUGACCCUUAAAAAAAGAAGAAAAGGUGGGUCAUCAUAAGUAGCCUAUGAAUAAAUAUUUUACACUUGCACCCUGACGUGUGCAGAGAUACAUUUAUAUUUUUGUAGAGAUUGUAAACACAACUAAUGCAUUCAACUAACAGAUUUGAUAGAAACCCAUAUUACCUGUUUCAUCAGUGAGAUAUUAUUAAAUAAUAAUGUCUGUAUGUGUACAAACCAA